UGAUUUUGUUACAUAAAAGAAACCUCUCGUAUACGAUAAACACAUCAAGCUAAUUCUUUCCAAAAUAUUCGCAGCACAAUAAUACAGUAGCAAUUUGUCCAAACAAAACCCUAAAUGACCCAACUUAUGGUUUGACUUUAGAUUGAAAUCAACCAUUCAAUUGAAAACACAAAGGAGAGGGAGAUGACGGCGACGGCGAAGCCGCAAGAACCGAUGGCGACGAGCACCACCAGCAGCACCAACACCCAACCAUACAAACCCUACCGUCACUUCAAAACCCUAACAGCACACAACCGCGCCGUUUCCUGCGUCAAAUUCUCCAACGACGGAACACUCCUCGCCUCCGCCUCCCUCGACAAAACCCUAAUUAUUUGGUCCUCCGCCAAUUUAUCUCUCCUCCACCGUCUCAUCGGCCACUCCGAAGGCAUCUCCGAUCUGGCCUGGUCAUCCGACUCUCACUACAUCUGCUCCGCCUCCGACGACCGGACAAUCCGUAUUUGGGACGUUAUUGGCGGUGACUGUGUCAAAACCCUCCGCGGUCACUCACACGUAGUUUUCUGCGUUAACUUUAAUCCUCAGUCCAAUUUAAUUGUCUCUGGUUCGUUCGAUGAGACGGUUAGAGUUUGGGAAGUGAAGACCGGUACGUGUAUCCACGUCAUCAAAGCUCACACUAUGCCUGUUACUUCCGUUCACUUCAAUCGUGAUAGUUCUCUCAUCGUUUCCAGUAGUCACGAUGGGUCUUGUAAGAUUUGGGAUACAAAUUCCGGUGCUAUAUUGAAGACUCUAAUUGAUGAUAAGCUUCCUGCUGUUUCCUUCGCCAAAUUCUCUCCCAAUGGAAAAUUUAUACUGGUUGCUACUCUCAAUGACACUCUUAAGCUAUGGAACUAUGCCGCUGGAAAAUUUUUGAGAAUAUUUUCAGGCCAUGUGAAUAGAGUGUACUGCAUAACUUCCACAUUUUCUGUGACAAAUGGAACAUAUAUUGUCGGUGGUUCAGAAGAUCGAUGUGUUUAUUUGUGGGAUCUGAAGCAGAAAAAUUUGAUUCAGAAACUUGAAGGCCAUACAGAUACUGUAAUAUCUGUAACCUGCCAUCCCACUGAGAAUAAAAUUGCUUCUGCCGGCCUUGACGGUGAUAGAACUGUGAGGAUUUGGGUGCAGGAUUCUUGAAUAAUAGCAAAACUUUAAGGGGUUAUUGUCCUCUUAUUUCAUACAAUAUGAGGAUGUUCCCAUUUAUAUGCUUCAUUUUUUUAGUGUAGAUGCAUGAUAGAGGUGCCUUAAUAAUUAGAAUAACUGUUGUUAGUUACAUUUCGGGGUGUAUAGACUUAUGAUGUUAGAAAAUAACAUUACUCCAAAAGGGAAAAUUUGACAUGGAUGCAAGUAGUAUCGGACAGGCCUGUUCCGAUCGAGAAGUUCAAAAAUAGAUUCAUUUUCAUCCAUCUGGACGUGGUUAGGUUAGGGCGAGUGAUGGGUAGCAAAUUGGGCGGAUAGAAAAACCAGUGACAAGAAAUAGAAAAAAUCAAACAGGUCCAGGGACAUAUCAGUGAAGCAAAAAUACAUGUAUAAUUCUGAGAUUAACUCAAUUUCCACUUAAAUUAUUUAAGUUUUCUUUAUUUU